AUGGAGCAAACGGAGCAGGAUCACUUGCCUCGAGAUCAACCACCGUCCUACUCUCUGGCGCAAUCUCAUGAUCCAAAUGCUUUGAAUUUACCUUCCGUACCCACCGCAGAUCCACCAGCACCACCCCCCGUACAUCAUGAACGUACUUUACCUCCGUUGCCUCUGGCGCCCGUCGAGUCGCGGUAUAGAGCCGAAGAACAUAUCACAAUCUGGCCCUCCUCCAAUCCUUUGACCGCCUAUUACCAACCAGGACCGUCGCAGCUCUCUCCAAAAACAGGUCCUACCAUGGCUACGGAUUUACCCAGCAGAAUGGACGUUGAUACUCCAGACAGUCGCGGGAGGAGGGGUGGAAGUGUUUUGUCGAUAGAUGAUCCAGAUGUGCGCCUCGCUGCGGAAGCGUUGGGAGACCUGCGAGCCGAUUUUGUGCAGUCGCCAACGCAGAGAAACAUGUCAAUCCCUCGCAAUUCCCCCCGAAACCCAAAUAGCGGGGCACAAAACGAACCUCUACUUUCCCUCCUUACCACAUCACAUCCUCUUCUCGGCACAGCCAUUGGUGGCUCUCUUUCCGCAUAUUCUGCUUCGAAGAAUUAUAGUCCUAGAUUCAAGUCUAGCGCGGAGUUUUUGGAGAAUAGAUUUUCGCCGGUUGUCAAUACCAUAACGUCGGUAAAUCGGAUGACAGGUGUAGAAGGAGGGGUACGGUGGUUUCUUGGAGGUAGACGACCCAGUCAUCUUUCACCAGUAGAUUCGAUGGAGAGUGGGAGGGAAGGAAGUAACAAACGGAGAAAGGUGGUUACGGAUGACGAAGAGACUGAUCGACAUAUGUCAUAUGAUUCAUAUCCAGUUCAUCGACAAGAUCUCCAGCAUAGACAAAGAGCCCAAAGUCAAGCUUCUCAAGUCGAUAGUCUUCCAGCAUAUGAUGAAUACCGGAGCCCGAGUUACGAAGAUACACAACAAGCGCUCAUUCCUAAACAAGAUUCAAGGGAAGUUUCCAAUUCGAAUAGUUCAUGGCAGUCGUUCGUAUUGUCAACGAGUGGCUUGAGCGUUGCGAUGAGCGAGGAAAGUUUGCGAAGUCUAAAAUAUUGCCUUGGCUGGUUGAGGUGGGCAAAUGAACAUAUUGGGAAAGUAAUAUUGGCAUUGAAAUCAGUCUUGGAGCAAUACGAGAAUCCGCCACCAUCCGGCACGACGAUCGACUCGGGCGAAGGUGGAGAGAAAGGCAAUUCCUUAAUACCACGAAGUGAAGCCGAAAGGAUCGCACUCAAUGCCAAGGUAGCAGAAUUAAAGAAGGAUGUCCUGAAAACAUUAAAGAGCGUCGUUGACAUCGUCUCAAAAUAUGCUGGUGGGGCACUUCCAGAGAAUGCUAGGAUCUUGGUCCGAAAACACCUCACUUCUCUACCUCAGAGAUUCCGUCUCGCCAAUUCCCGAACGUCAGAUCAAAAUCCGAGGGGUUUGGAACAAGGCGAUGCGGAGGUCACUGAUGGUGCGAAUAGGGUUCUUGUACUCGCCAAAGAGGGCUUGGAUAUGAUGGCUCAAGUCUCGGGCGUAUUGGAUGGAACGAUUGUCAGUGCUGAAGAGUGGUGUGAGAAGUUGGGAAGGAAAAAGAGGGAAGAGCAAGGCGAAGAGGAUGCAGCGAUGCGCCACAGCACGAUGGAGAAGCAACAUGAUUUUGAAAAAGGGGGAUAUCAAAUCCAAAACGGAGACGAGAAAACGGGUUAG